CAAAUUAAUGGGAGAUCAAUUGAAAUAAUUUUUGAUAAUGUUAUUCACACCCCUCGUGGCCUUCGCCUAACAGGCAACAGCGCAGUAGCACUCAUUAGAACGGCGCACCUCUGUUUCUUCGCUUUGCGCUCUCGCCGCAUCGAUCCCCGUGCUCUUCCACGCUCGUCGCUCGUCGCCCCCUUCCCACGGUCCUCCUCUCUUUCCCUUCCUCCGCGAGACCAACCUGAAGCGGCAACAAGACCAUGCACGCCAAGACGGACUCCGAGGUCACCAGCCUGGCGGCUUCCUCGCCGCCCCACUCCCCGCCGCGGCGCCCCAUCUACUACGUCAUGAGCCCUGCCCACUCCCACCAUGACCCUGACCGCGCCUCCUUCGGCGGCUCCACCCCUGGUGCCUCCCCGCUCCAUCCCCACCACCACCGCUACUCCAGUUCCCCCAUUCACCACUCCCGCGAGUCGUCCGCCACCCGCCUCUCCGCCUCCCUCAAGUAUAACACCUAUGCCUCCUGGCGCAAGCUCCAGCCCCAUCCUCACCACCGGCCAGGCAACGCCACCUCCUCUGCCUGCUCCGACGACGACGAAGAAGACGAAGCCCCCAUCCCUGUCCGAUGCUACGUUGCCUGGUUCGUCCUCGGCUUCGUCCUCCUCUUCACCCUCUUCUCCCUCAUCCUCUGGGGCGCCAGCAAGUCCUACAAGCCCGACGUCUUCGUCAAGAGCGUGGCGUUCCAGAGCUACGACAUCCACGCCGGAACCGACAUCACGGGCGUGCCCACCAAGAUGCUCUCCAUCAACUCGACGGUGAGGAUCGCGUUCCGCAACCCAGCCACCUUCUUCGGCGUCCAUGUCUCCUCCACGCCCUUCCAACUCUACUUCUCCGACCUGAAGAUCGCCACCGGAUUAAUGAAGGAGUUCUACCAGUCGCGGAAGAGCGGGCGGGUGGUGACGGUGGCGGUGGGGAGCCGGCAGGUUCCGCUCUACGGCGGCGGCGCGGGUCUGAGGAGCCGCACCGAGGACGGAGGGCCACCGGCGACGGUGGCAUUCGAGCUGUCGUUCACGCUGCGGGCGCGGGCGUACGUGCUGGGCCAUCUGGUGAAGUCGAAGUUCUACCGCCGCGUCCGGUGCACGCUGCGGUUCCGCGAGGACCGGCUCGGGAAGCCGCUGGGCCUCUCCAACGGCUGCGACUACCGCGAUUAACGAGGCCGCAGAGAAAGAAAGUUCAUUCGAAGUCCGUGACGCGGCAGUUUGUCGUCGAGCCAUUGGGUCGCUGACAGCUGUUUUUGAAUUUGAAUCGAUUCGAAAUCAACUAAUUAAUAUGCGCGUUUCAUUUCUGAGGAAGUCUAUUUACUAAAUUAUCGUAAAUUAUUAAUUGAAACUGGCUUUAAAAA